UCUUCUUCUCCUCUCUUCCUCCGUCUCUCCUUCGCUUCUUAUAAUACUAUCAUUUUGCCAAAAUAAAAUAAAAUAAACUUAUUAUAUUCGAUCGAGAGAGAGACGUCGUCUAUGAUCUGAUCUUUUGGAUUGCAAUCUGCUCAAGCAUCAAUGGAGGCCUCUUUGCAAAUUCAGAGGCCAUUCUCUCUCAGAAACAACUCUACCAAUUCCAAGAUCAGACUUUUGUCUGGGAGCUUCUCCAAUGGAAGAUUCGGCAUUUCAUUUCACUCAUCUCCAGGGUGUAAAGAAUUUCCUGGGAACAGUGUUACAUCUCUCAUUAGAGCAACUGCAGAUUAUCCAAGGAGAAGGCCAAGAAAGAGCUCAAAUCCCAGGCCUAGUCCCAAGGGAUUCAUGCCGAAAACCCAGGUUGGAACAAGCAUCCAGAAGAGGGACCAAAAUGAUAGUGGAGAAAAAGAAAGUUCUAGUCCUUCCAGUUCAAAUGAAUAUACUGGUCCUGGAAACAAAUUGACAGAAACGAAAGCCGAUGCAGGUGAAGAACAGAUGAGCGAAUUUGUUCCAGAAACCAGCCUUUUAAGCAAUCAGGUAAAAACAAUAACAGACGUGUUGGGAGAAGCUCAGGAAGAAACAGAUGAGAUUGAAGAGAAGAAAGAUGAAACACCGUCAAUGGUACAGCACUCGCCUACCAUCAAUAGUCAUGACAUAGUGGAGAAGGGAACCAUGGCUGGAACUGAUGAGGAUAAAGCUGAAUUGGGUGCACCAGAAAUACUCAAAAAGGUUGAUGUCGUAGUGGACAAAGAACCAGACGUGGAAGAAGCAUUGAUGAAAGAAAAGCUAGAGACAGAAGCACGAGCAGGCAAUGAGACAUUGAUGAAGCAGAAGCUAGAGAUGGAAGCACGAGCACGAGCACGCGAGGAGGCAUUGAUGAAAUGGAAGCUGGAGAUGGAAGCACGAGAACGCGAGGAAGCAUUGGUGAAAGAGAAGCUGGAGAUGGAAGCACGAGCACGCGAGGAAGCAUUGAUGAAACAGAAGCUAGAGAUGGAAGCACGUGCGCGCAAGAAGCUGCUUGAGGAACUUGCUGAGGAGAACUUUUCGGUAGGGAAUAAGUUGUUUGUUCAUCCGCAAGUUGUGAAACCUGACCAAAGUAUUGAAGUGUUCUUAAACAGAAGUCUUUCCACCUUAAAAGGUGAAUCAGAUGUUUUGAUAAUGGGAGCCUUUAAUGAUUGGAGAUGGAAAUCUUUUACUAAAAAGAUGCAAAAGACUGAUCUUAAAGGGGACUGGUGGUCUUGUCAGGUUGACAUUCCUAAGGAAGCGUACAACAUGGAUUUUGUUUUCUUCAAUGGGGGCGAUGUCUAUGAGAAUAACAGUUCGAAAGAUUUCUUUAUACCAGUCGAAAGUGGAAUGGAUGCAUCUGCGUUUGAAAAUUUCUUGCUGGAGGAGAAACGAAGGGAACUUGAAAGGCUUGCAGCCGAGGAAGCUGAAAGGGAAAGACAGGCUGAAGAGCAGCGGCGGUUGGAGGCAGAAAAGGCUGCAAGUGAAGCUGAUAGAGCGCAGGCUAAGAUGGAGAUUGAGAAAAGACGGAAAAUAUUAUUUCAAUUAAUGAAAAAGGCUGAGCAGUCUGUUGAUAAUGUAUGGUAUAUAGAGCCUAGUGAGUUCAAAGGUGAGGACAUGGUGAAAUUUUAUUACAACCGGAGCUCUGGCCCACUUGCCCAGGCAGAAGAGGUUUGGAUUCACGGUGGGCAUAAUAACUGGAAAGAUGGAUUGACUAUUGUGGAAAGGCUUAUCUGUGCUGAGAAAGACUCGGGUGACUGGUGGUAUGCAGAUGUUGUUGUGCCUGAUCGAUCCCUCGUCGUGGAUUGGGUUUUUGCUGAUGGACCACCACAAAGUGCCAAAGUGUAUGACAACAAUAACUAUGAGGAUUUCCAUGCAACUGUUCCAAAUCGUAUACCUGAAGAAUUGUAUUGGGUUGAAGAAGAGCACCAGAUAUACAAGAGACUUCAAGAGGAGCGAAAGCAAAGAGAAGAGGCUAUACGUGCAAAGGCUGAGAAAACAGCACGCUUGAAAGCUGAAGCAAAGGAAAAAACCAUGAAAAUGUUUCUGUUGUCACAAAAGCAUAUAGUCUACACCGAACCGCUUGAAGUCCGUGCGGGAAUGACUGUUACAGUUUUCUAUAAUCCUUCCAACACAGUACUGAAUGGGAAACCUGAAGUCUGGUUUAGAUGCUCCUUUAACCGUUGGACUCACCGCAAUGGCCCAUUGCCACCUAAGAAGAUGACACCAGCAGAAAAUGGUCCUCAUGUCAAAGUGACUGUCAAGGUUCCAUUGGAUGCGUACAUGAUGGAUUUUGUUUUCUCUGAGAAGGAAGAUGGUGGAAUUUACGACAACAAAAAUGGGAUGGACUACCACAUUCCUGUGGUUGGAGGAGUCAACAAGACGCCGCCAAUGCAUAUUGUGCAUGUUGCCGUUGAAAUGGCACCCAUUGCAAAGGUGGGAGGUCUAGGAGAUGUUGUGACAAGUCUUUCUCGUGCUGUUCAAGACUUGGGUCACAAUGUUGAGAUUAUUCUUCCGAAGUAUGAUUGUAUGAACCUUAGCAAUGUAAAAGACUUCCAAUUCAAUCGAAGCUAUCAUUGGGGUGGCACUGAAAUAAAAGUUUGGUAUGGGAAGGUGGAAGGCCUUUCUGUGUACUUUAUAGAGCCUCAAAAUGGGAUGUUUUGGGCUGGGUGCAUAUAUGGUUGUAGGAAUGAUGGGGAAAGGUUUGGCUUCUUUUGUCAUGCUGCUCUCGAGUUUCUACUCCAGAGUGGAGCUCAUCCUGAUAUCUUGCAUUGCCAUGAUUGGUCUAGUGCACCUGUUGCAUGGUUAUUCAAGGACAACUACAUGCAUUAUGGUCUCAGUGGUGCUCGAGUUGUGUUCACAAUUCAUAACCUCGAGUUUGGAGCUGGCAACAUUGGGAAAGCAAUGGCAUAUGCAGACAAGGCUACAACCGUAUCUCCCAAUUACUCGAGAGAGGUCUCAGGGAAUCCAGUCAUUGCUCACCAUCUCCACAAGUUCCAUGGAAUUUUAAAUGGGAUUGAUCCAGAUAUUUGGGAUCCAUAUAACGAUAAAUUUAUUCCUAUAUCUUACACUUCAGAGAAUGUUGUCGAAGGUAAGAGGGCUGCAAAGCUUGCCUUACAACAAAGGCUUGGCCUGAAGACUUCUGAUCGCCCUCUAGUUGGAAUAAUAUCUCGUUUAACUGCUCAGAAGGGAAUUCAUCUUAUCAAGCAUGCCAUCUUGCGAACCCUGGAACGCGAUGGACAGGUUGUGUUGCUAGGUUCGGCUCCAGAUCCUCGCAUACAAAAUGAUUUUGUUAAUUUGGCAAAUCAGUUGCACUCUACUCAUGGUGACCGUGCACGUCUUUGUUUGACCUAUGAUGAACCUCUUUCACACUUGAUAUAUGCAGGUUCGGAUUUCAUUCUAGUUCCAUCGAUUUUUGAGCCAUGUGGCCUUACCCAACUUACUGCUAUGCGAUAUGGAUCUAUUCCUGUCGUUCGUAAAACAGGAGGGCUCUACGAUACAGUAUUUGAUGUCGAUCAUGAUAAAGAGAGAGCUCAAGCCAUAGGUAUUGAACCAAAUGGAUUCAGCUUUGAUGGGGCUGAUUCCUCAGGUGUUGAUUAUGCUCUCAACAGAGCAAUCACUGCAUGGUAUGAAGGUCAGGAAUGGUUCAACUCGUUAUGCAAGCGUGUGAUGGAGCAAGACUGGUCUUGGAACCGGCCCGCACUUGAUUACAUGGAGCUCUACUACUCAGCCUGCAAGUAAUGAAAGAAAGGAGUGGAGUCGAAAUGGAUAGCCCUUUGAUACUGUUCAUGGUCGGUUUGUACAGCGUUACCGGUCUCUUUUAUUACUAGUUUUAUUAUUUUCAUUUCGUAGUCUGGAAGCUUGAGUAGCCUCAUCACCUUUCUAUUGAAUUUGAAUAAUGGAAGCCAACCUUAGCAUUGUUGCGGGGGCAACAUCCACUUCUUGUAAUUCAAAGGUUGCUGGGAAUAAAGGAUGCAGUACAGUCCCGCCA